AUGAAGCGCUCCAUCUUCUCCUUCUUCCUUGCUGUUGUACUCUUAUCUGAGUUCUACCUGGAAUCCUCAGCUAUGCCAAUGGAGAAGGCAGAAGAUAUCACCUCAGACCAAGACAGCCUGGAUGAAGGGUUGGCAGGGAACGCACUGAGCAUUGCACCAGCCAGCACCCGAAUCAUAGUCGUGGCAGACCCAGGUCUUCUGAGGACCCUGAAGGUUCUGGACAGAGGCACGACACACCUGAAUGGACCUGAGAGCGUUUUCACAGCCGAACGCAGAGAGGUCAACCAGGAACCAAGACCCAACAUUGCCAUAAUCAAGAGGGACACCAUGAGGUGCAUGGUAGGAAGGGUGUACAGGCCGUGCUGGGAGGUGUAG